AUGGUGCUGGAGAUCCAGUUCAAGACAUUUUCAGGAUAUCUGGGGGAGUUUGAAAUACAAAUAGGCUCAGUUCUGGGUGAUGUAGAGAAGCAGAAGAGGGCCCCCACUUCAGGGGAGAAGAUAUGUGAUCCCAAACCCAAGAAGAAAUGUGGAGUGAACUGUUUUCUGGCUUUGAUGACCAUCUACCUGAUUCUGCUCACUGUGGGCGUGGGGCUGCUGGUGAUGGAAGUUCUGAACCUGCAGGAGCAGUUCCAGAUCCUGAAUUUGUAUCUCCUCAAUGACACACUGAUUGCCAAGGACAGCCCGGCCUUCUCCCUGUUACAGUCAUUGCACCGCCCACACCUGGCUGGAGGUGUGCCUCACAGAUAUAGACUACAAGACCUGCAGGCUCAGCUCUUACAAAUCCAAAGCAGCCAGCAGCAUCUACAACAACAAGUGGACAACUUCACUCAGAACCCAGAACUUUUCGGGGCCAAACGUGAACAAAGAAUUCCAGGUCUCCCAGGUCAGAAGGGUGCCCCAGGCAUCCCUGGAACCCCUGACCUGCUGGACCCACCAGCUGAGAAGGGAGCCAAGGGGGCUACAGGAUAUAAUGGAGCCUCAAGUCCCCCAGGACCCCAAGGCCCACCAGGAAUCAAAGGAGAGGCAGGCCUCCAAGGACCUUCGGGUACUGCCGGGAAGCCAGGAGCCACUGGUGCACCUGGACCUCAAGGAGAGAAGGGCAGCAAAGGUGAUGGAGGUCUCACUGGCCCAAAAGGGGAAAGUGGAGCUAAAGGAGACAGAGGAGAGAGGGGCCUCCAAGGCACCAAAGGGGACGUGGGUAUGAAAGGAGAUGUGGGGGCCAUGGGACCCCAUGGAAACCCUGGGAUGAAAGGUGACACUGGGAAACCAGGCCCACCAGGUGCGGCUGGAUAUCCUGGAAUCAAAGGUGAUGAAGGACAACAAGGAGUGAGAGGUCUUCCAGGUCCUCCAGGCCUGGUGGGACUCACAGGUGCGAAGGGAGAGCCUGGCCGCGCUGGUCUCAAUGGGCUAAUAGGACCACCAGGGAAUCCAGGGAGUCCAGGAGCUGCAGGUGUAAAAGGAAGCAAAGGGGACACAGGACUUCAAGGACAGCCAGGAACCAAAGGAGAAUCAGGAGUUCCAGGUCUUACAGGCAUGAAGGGACAAAAGGGAAACACAGGACUGACAGGCCCCAAGGGUGAACCUGGACAGGUUGGCCAGAAAGGAAACCCAGGAAUGAAAGGAUCUUCUGGGCAGCAAGGAAUAAAGGGAGAAAAAGGUCAAAAAGGUGAGUCCCAACAACUUGUAAGGAUCAUUGGUACUGCGACUCGAGGACGUGCUGAAGUCUACUACAAUGGCCUCUGGGGGACCAUCUGUGAUGAUGACUGGGACAGUUUGGAUGCCACCGUCUUCUGCCGCAUGCUAGGUUACUCCUCAGGGAUAGCGCUUUUCAACGGAGCACAAGGCAGCGGGAAGAUAUGGCUGGAUAAUGUUGACUGUAGAGGCUCAGAAGCCAAUUUGUGGGAUUGCGAGAAGAAUUCCUGGGGCACACAUAACUGCAAUCACAAUGAGGAUGCCGGUGUGGACUGUAGCUGA